AUGGAACAGAACAACAAGGAUGGCGCCAGGCUAAGGGAUGCAGCGAUGUUGGAAGGUCCAAGGCGACGAGAUGCGGAUUCUGAGUCUGACAGUACCACUGCUUCUGAAACUUACAUAACUCACCGUCGGAAACGCAAGGCUCUUGAACACAGACAACUGAUGGAGCAGUUCAUACAACAGACACAGACACAGAUCAUCGAGUCAUCCCGAAGACAAGAAGAGCGUCACAACAACCUGAUGAUGGCUCUGAAUAACAGGAGCACUCAAAUGCAACAGAUGUUGACAAUUCAGUUACAGGAAGGCGAAAUACAAAGACAUGAAAGAGAGCGCGCAGCAGAGGAAAGAGCGCGUGCAGCGGAAGAAAGAGCACGACUACAUACAGUCAGCAACAGACAAGCAGCAGCGUCAGAGGCAUUGUUAGCUACCACCAACAAACAGACAGCAGCAACAGAGGUAACUUCAUCCUCUUCUAAGUGA